AUGGGUAAAAUCACUUCUAUGAGCAAAGAAGAGGUCUCGGUCGACGCGGUCGAAAAGUGGUCACCCGCCGCGUCGGCAUCGGCGUCGUCGCCUUCAUCAUCGCCACCGCGGCUCGACACGACGGACGAGGUCGCCAUGGCAAGCCCCGAGUGGCGGGAGGCGGAGAAGCGGCUGGUGCGGAAGCUGGACGUGACGCUCAUGCCGGUGAUUUGGACGCUGUACAUGUUCAACUACCUCGACAGGACCAGUCUCGCGCAGGCCAAAUUGAAUAAACUUGAGGCUGACCUCGGGCUCAAGGGGGAGCAAUUUAACACGGCCGUGGCGAUAUUCAACGUCGGGUACAUGGUUGCCCAGUUGCCAUCCAACAUGCUCAUCACCCGCGUGCGUCCGAGUCUAUACCUCCCGUUCUGCGUGCUCUUGUGGUCGUGUGUAUCGGCGUCGACGGCCGCGGCAAAGAGCUUUUCGAGCCUCGUCGCCAUCAGAGUGAUACUGGGCGUUGUCGAAGCACCGUUCUUCCCUGGGAUCUUCUUCGUCCUCUCCUGCUGGUACACCCAAAAAGAAAUUGCCUUCCGCACGGCGAUCCUGUACUCGGGCAUGCUCGUUGCGACGGCCUUUUCGGGGCUCAUUGCCGCCGCCGUCUUUGCGCACCUCGACGGCGCCCGCGGGCUCUCGGGCUGGCAGUGGCUCUUCAUCAUCGAGGGCGGGGGAAGCUUCGCGUCCGCAUUCUCGGCGCUGGCGUUUUUGCCGGAUUACGUCGGUUCCCGGACGGGCUUGUGCUCGUGGCUCCUGUCGGAGAGGGAGCUGCAGGUCGCGGCGCAGCGGAUGGCGGCCGAUAGGGUCUCUGUGCCCGAGGAGGAGAAGUCGAGCGUUUGGAGGGGGUUGGGGCUUGCUGUUAAGGAUACGAGGACGUGGGUUUUUGUCUGCAUGAUGGCUUUCUACCUCUCCUCCCACGGCCUCACCAGCUUCUUCCCGACGAUCGUCAAGGGCUUCCGCCUAGGCUCCAACACCACCACCUUAAUCCUCACCGCGCCGCCGUACCUCCUCGCCGCCGCCGUCUCCCUAGCCGUGGCCAUCUCAUCGGACCGCCGCGCUGACCGGGGCUUGCAUAUCGUCGGCCCCAUGUGCGUAGCCAUGGUGGGCUUCGUCAUCUCGGCGGCGACGACGAACCGGCCCGCGCGGUACUUUGCCAGCUUCUUGUAUCUGCCGGGCGCGUUCGCGUCGACGGGGCUCAUCUUCAGCUGGGUUGCGAGCGUGGCGAGCGAGGCGCCCGAGAAGAGGGCCACGGCGACGUCCAUUGUGUGUCUGCUUGCGCAGGUUGGGAAUAUUUGGAGCCCGUACUUUUUCCGGCCGGCGGAUAAUCCGCGAUACCUGCUUGCUUUCCUGCUGAUGAUGAUGUUUUCAGCGAUGUGCAUCGGGACGGUGUUUUGGAUGAGGUGGUCGCUUGGGAGGGCGAAUCGGAGAAUGGUGGAGGAGGCUGAGGAGACCGGGAGAAGAGUGAGGUUGUAUAUCCUCUGA